CUGAACCGCUGAAGGACACAGCCGCAAAUCACUGCUCUUAAGAGGCUUUAAUCGGCUAAUAUGCCCUGGGUGGCCGGCGGCUGACUCGGCGGCAAACACCCGACUUGAGCGCACCCUCCAUAGGGCACUCUCAGCACACGUAGAGAAGGAGCUUUUUUCCCAAAUUGUUUUGGUCAUAAUGAUGAUUUUCAACUAUCCAGGGAAUUCACAGGGACAUUUUUACUAAGUUUUCUCAUCUGAUAAGAACUCCUGGAGCACUUUCUUUCCGGCAUGGCGCUCAAGAACCACCCGUGCCGUCCUUCAUGAGAGCCCGGGGGGGCUCAGCAGAGGGGCCGCCACCGUGGUGGAGGGGGCGAGGAUGGAGAUUACGGGCAACGCCACUCCCGUAGGAUCUCCUCCUCUUGCGGCUGGGCACAACGUGGCGGCUCUGGUCUUGGGCGUGCUGCUCAUCGUGGUGAUCAUUGGUGGCAACGCGCUUGUGUGUAUCAGCGUGCUGACCGAGAAAGCCCUCAAGACCACCACCAACUACUUUAUCGUCAGCUUGGCUGUGGCCGACCUGCUGCUGGCAGUGCUUGUGCUGCCGCUCUUCGUCUAUUCAGAGUUCCAAGGAGGCGUGUGGACUAUGAGCACCGGCGUGUGCGAUGGCCUGAUGAGCAUGGACGUCAUGCUGUGCACAGCCUCUAUCUUCAACCUAUGCGCCAUCAGCGUCGACAGGUUCAUCGCGGUUCUCAUCCCGCUCAACUACAACCGCAAGCACGUGGACCUGCGGCAGGCUGUCCUGUUGUCGGCCACAUGGGUGCUGGCCCUGGCAGUGGCCUCUCCUGUCAUGUUAGGCAUCAACAAUGUAACGGGCCGUCGUCCCAGCGAGUGCAAGCUGGAGAACGCCGAUUAUGUGCUCUACUCGUCCGUGUGCUCCUUUUUCAUCCCGUGUCCCGUUAUGCUGCUACUCUACUGCGGAAUGUUUCGCGGUCUGCGGCGCUGGGAGGAGGCGCGCAAGGCCAAGCUUAGGAGCAGCAUCCAAGCUUGCCGCAAGCUCCGUGAAGCCAACGCCGACGGCGUUUCUCUGCCGGCUCUGGCUAGGUUACCGCCACUUUUGCCGCCCGUCAUAGAGAAGGAGCCAGCGGAAGAACCGGACACCACCCCGACGACUGGGACCGCCAUGUUCCCACCUCCGAGUCGCCUGCCGACGGUGAGCUUCACUGACAUGAAGUUCAACCCGGAGCCUCGCCGGAGGAGCCGAGCUAAGAUAAACACCCGCGAGAGGAAGGCCAUGAAGGUGCUACCUGUGGUCGUAGGUGUAUUCUUGUUGUGCUGGACUCCAUUCUUCGUGCUGCACAUUGUGCGUGCUCGCUGCCAGGCGUGUGAUAUACCGCCCGCCGUCAUGAGUGUGGUGACGUGGCUCGGAUAUGUCAACAGCGCGCUAAAUCCCGUCAUUUACACGGUGUUUAACACAGAGUUUCGACGCUUCUUCAAAAACUUUCUGCGACAGUGCUGCGCUUUUAGCUGCUGUGCCGCAUCAUCUGGUUAGGUUUUUUUUUUUUUUUUUAAGUGGAAGAGAUGCUUCUAGCGCUUCCUGUCUGGAAUUCCUGCUUUGCAAGUUUCAAUGCAAAGAAGCUGGAGUUGAUGAAAAAAAGUGGAACAUUAGACAUGUGCUCCUCAGAGAGGAAUUUAAUUUUCUAA